GGCGGCAGUCGGCAUUUGCCUGUGUACGGGGAUGGUUGUUCUAUCGUGCGGUAGUUCGGUUAAACCCUGCGUACCGAAAAUGGCGUAGCAAGGUGGUAUAAUGCCAUUAAAUUUAGUCGUGAUUAGUAUACCGUGAGAAGUUAUGAACAGUGCACGACCGCUUGCUACUUGACUUUUCUCGCAUUUGUAACGAUACCGUCCAUUAAAGAGCUACGUGAUAUUCUCGACGGAGCGCGUUUGUCGUAAUAGCAGCGUGAAAAGUGUGUUGUGUGUUGGUGACUCGUACUGUGAUUUGACAACGGAAGUGUGUUCACGUUCCUCGUGACGUUUCGGAGUUUGAACGAGGUGCGCAGCGUUCGUGGAACACGCGUUAUUCGAUCUUUGUGCCGGGAAACUCAAGAAUGGCACUCGUACUACCGAGAAAACGAGCAUUUUUCCUCGUGACAGCUUGACGACCUCGACUCUAGACGAGUUCAAGAUGGCGCCACCGGCAUUUUGACACUUGCCCAAGAUCCGUCAGCUGGAUUUUACAACCGCCCCGAGCUUCGAUUAUUAUGAGCAGAGAAUUUUACGUUCCUUGUACAUCUUACACUUAUCAGGUGAGAAUGCGUACCAUCUAAAGUAGUCUUGUUCAUUAGUGAGUGCAAUAAGUAAGCUGGAACCUGCAGAAUAUAUGAAAUUUCCAUGGACCCAAGUGAAAAGCUAUUCUUCAGUAGUGUGGCAGCGGCGGAGGAUCGACGGAGGGGGUGGUCGGGAGCGUGAGUGGUAGCGGCAGCGGUGGUAACAGCAGCAGCGGCGGUGGCAUGGAUUGCAUGCCCAUACGGCCGGGUCCUUUUCAUUACUUGAUAAGCGAGCAGGCUAAGUCGUUGGUGGCCCUGCAGGAGCUACAGAAUGAGGUCGGCGCCCUUCUCGAGUUUCGGGACCUCGUCAUCGAGACGUUCCCAAACCUCCGGCACAAGAUGGCCGCGACGGCGUCCGCGGGAGCGUCCGUGAUGUCCUCCUCCUGCGCUCAGAAUUCCCACAUCCCGUUGCCGCUGUCCAGUCCUUCAUCCAGAAGGAUCAACGAAUGGGAGCCGGGUAAAGUACGGAGAAGAGUUCCUCGAGAGGGUGGCGAGUCUUCGUCGUCCUCGUUGCCCAGAAGUCGUAGCAAUUCGCACAGCGGCGGAACGAAGAACAACUGCAGCGCCACUGUUCAGGAUUCCGGCUUCAGCACCGAGACGUCGUCCAAGGAUAGCGCCUCGACGGCCAUAGCACCUAGACCGAACAGUCCGAGGCCGACCGUGCUGGACGAAGCUGAGGACGAAUUAUGGAAUCUCCUGGACGUGAUCCAUCGCAAGGGAAUCAGGCUUAGAGAGGAGGUGGAGUGUCUUCAGGGUCGAUUAGAGAGCGUGGCAACCGAGGAUCUUGGCUCCACGGAUAUCUUGGACGCGGUGAGGAAAAUCACCUGUCUGGACGACGAUAGAACGACGACGGUGACCACGGAGGAUGAGAAGGAUAGAGAUUCGCAGGUGAUAGCGCUCAGAAGGGAGAAGGAACAACUGCUGGACAAGGUGGCCGAACUCGAGGCUGAAACUAUAUCGAGUCGGGCUAGGGCGCAGGAACUGCAGUCAGAGUUAGCCGCGUUGUCCGCGUUGAAGACUGGUCUGGAGGAUCGACUGAGGGCUGGACUGAACGAUACUUCCUCGGACAUCCUCGUGCCGGGCGCACAAAGACUGCAACCAAUCGCGCCCGUCGUUUCCUCGCCGAAGAGCAACAGUGUUAGCAAUAUUAAGAGUAAGUCAUCGGCUUUCGCGUCGGUCGCGACGUCCGCGAAGGCUCACAAGAGCCGUUUCCGCACGAGGACCAUCGAAAAGAACGUCCUGCUCGACGUCACCGCGCAUAACGAAGAGCUGAGGGACAUCGACGUCGAGGCGAGCGUGAACGAGAGGAGGGCACGUCUGGGAGCGUUGGAUUCCGUCCUUGUGUCGCCGACCAGGGUGACGAACGUCAAGGACGUCGACUCGAAGAAGAUCGCUGCCAUUCUUCGGGAACGCUCACCUCUCGAACUGCAGCGGCAUUUGAUCACCACUACCGUCCAUAAUCAAGUCCUACAGAAAAGGCUAGAUGAAGUAGAAAAAAGCACAGAAACUCUGUCGGAACGAUUAGACAAGGCACGCGAGGAGAACGACGAUCUACGUUUCCAGCUCGAAGAAAGGAACAUCGAGCUGGAGGGUACUCGAGCACGCGUGCGCGUGUUAGAGAGACUUCAGCAACGGCCGCCAACGGAAGGGGAUCCGGAGGUGGACGCGGAUCAGCCAAGAUGCGAGCAGAGCGGUCUCGAGCCCGGAAGUAGCACGGAAUCGGCUCGCGAUCAUCAUCAAGCGGUCGAGGUGAAACCGUCACCCCGACGGCGUCCUAGUCGCAUACCUUUGUUAGGUGCCAGUUCGAAAACAACGGCGCCCAGGCCGCCAAGCCACGGAAGGAACGACAGCAAAGAAUCGUUGAAGUCGUUAACGAGACCUCCGCGUGAUUCUAGUCGCGACAGUCACGGUGGAAAGUCUCUGUCGAAGGCACGCGACUUAAAUCGUGACUCUCUCGGCAACAAGAGCUUGACGAAGAACAGCAACAACAAUAAUAACAACAACAACGGUAGCAGUAACGGGAACAACAACGGGAACGGAAACAGCAAGGAGACGAACAGGGAGUCCCUGAACAGGUCCCUGCCGCGUAACAAUUCCAGCCGAGACUCCUUAAAUAAAUCCUCCUCGCUGUCCCGAGCCCGAGACUCGUUGGAGUCUAACAACCUCGGCACGUCCUCAUCCCCGGGGACGACUCCUCCUCGACGACCGCCCGCUCCUGCACGCCGUUCCCACAGCUUGGCCCGCGCGACAACGUCCGUUGAUACCGAGAACGGCAAGAGUUGCACCGAACCACCGAGUUCCUGGUGUUCAACGAACGGCAGCUUCCGACACAGCGACUCCUCUUUGUAUCCGGACUCGUUAAACCAGGAGACAUCAUCGUUGACUGGCACCACGAAAGUGGAAUUCAUCAUCGGCUCACCGACCAGACGAUUUCGACAAAGCUCUGUCUGGCCACAUCGUUAUUUCGACAGCAUAGAUUCCGCGGCCAUGUUAAACGAGAGUCUUUUGACCGAUGAAUUUUCGCUUCGUCGUGGCGAAGCUCUCGCCGAGUGCGAUUCGCUCGAGUGUCAACCGAUAUCAAACGAGAGCUGAGCCACCGAGUUUAGCGUUUGCCGAAUCGCGUUAUGUUUAAAGAAUCUUGAUAUGCGUUAUUUUCUUGAAUGGAAUUUGAAAAAUUCUUUCUGCUCGAACAGAGGACGGUAUUGAACGAUAUUGUUCUCUUUAAUUACUUAAUUAUCUUAAUUAAUAUUCUGAAUAAAUUAAACUGUUUCUGGAUUUUUAUGAGAAACAUGGAACGCUCAAGCUCUUCUUAAAAGGUAAAAAUUAUUGCAAGAAGUAUUGAAAAAUUGAAACAUUUUAACUAAGGAUGAUAGGAUAACUUUAUUCAGCAAUCUAUAAAUUAAAACAUUAGCGAAUAAAGUUAUUAGUGUAUCUAAUAUAAUUUUUAUUAAUCUGACAGAAAAGGGGGUAUACGAGAUGUAGGUAAUAUUUAAUUCUCUUAAUACAAUAAUUGGAAGAUAGUAUUCUGUAGUAAUAAUCAGUAUUGUGGAAACUAAAAGAAGAAAAUAGAGUUGACUUAAUUUGUACAUAUAACGAGAAAGAUUUAUAGAUGUAUUAAGUUUGAAUGAAUUUAUAAACAGUUUUGAGAAUCUAAAACAGAAGAAUAAAGAAUGUAUUUUAUAUUAUUUGGAUAGGCAUUAAUUUUAAUCUUUGUGAUAUUUACAGAUGUAAGCUUAGGUUUUACUCUCUGCAAAUAUUCACAAACAUUGUGGAUCCGAGUGAUUGGAAAAUAUAUAAUUUUUCAUAAUUUGUUAUAAAAUUUGUACAAUAUAUUAGCGAAGAAUUAUGUACAUAGCAGGUUGAAAAUAUCGAAGUGUUUGAAAUUCAGCAUUCAGUUUUUAAGAGUAGACAUUAUUCGAAAAUAAAAAACAAUAUUUCGUGUCGUUCAGAUUAUUUAUAUUGUUCGAAUAAAAAAUUAUUUGUUAUUCAUAAAUAUGCCAAACUCUCAUUUUGUACAGUUUCUCUUUUAAUUUUAAUAAUUAUUAAAGACAGAUAUUCAGAAAGGAAGCAGAAAUAUUUCACAAAAGAAUAAAUUGAACCACUUAUAAAGGAAACUAGAUAAAGAAGCAUAAAUUAUAAAAAAAUAUCAAGAUUCUUUAACAUACAAUAAAGCUCUUCACUCUAAGGGAUUAAAACAGGGAUUUAUAUAAUCUUCUUGUCAGCAUUUUUUUUAAAAUCUUAUUUUGCAUUUUGUGUGCAUUUUCAUUUUACAGAUUGUUUUGUAUCCAUUUUACGUAUUUCAGACGCCGUGGAAUUGUGUCUGUAUGUUUUUCAACUUAACAACUAACAAAACGUUUGCUUUUAUUUGUUCAAAUAUCUUAGAUGUUUGCAUUAUAGAAUGGAAGAUUAAACAUGAUACACCGAUGUGUGUUCAUUUGCAGUACAUUGAUGUGUAAAAGUUUCGAGUGAAAUUUUCUUUGUAUCCUUUUUGUUUUAGCCUUUCGACGAAUGAACUUAACUUUUAAUCGAUCCGGUUGAAAUCAUUGUAAUCCGAGAUAAUGGUUGUGAAAUUUACUAUUUUCUCAAUUUUUUACUUUGCUUUUUUUGUUAUGAAUGGAGACACUGUCGGUGAAUGAACAAUAAAAGUUGAGGAUAUUUAAGUACACUUUUGAUCAAACAGUUUCUAUAAAUAUCAACUAAUAAUUUAAUGCAUUACCAUUCUCAUUGCAAUGUAUGAUAUCUCAUAACAAUUCGUUAGUCAUCUAUAUUUAAAAAGAAGAAAGAAAUGGUUAUUUUCAAUAACGUGCAAUUGUUUCUAUGAAUUAAGCGUUACUUAUAUGGAUUUAUAAUAUUAAUUUAUAUAUUAUCAUAGUUAUUUGAUACCUUGAAUGAACAAAUUAAGAAACUGUAUCAGCCUUCAAUUUGAAAAUGAAUAGAAAUAUUUAUUACAGAAUAUUAAAAUAUAAUACAUUUUAUUUUGAAAAGAAGACUCUACGAUUAUUCGUUACAAUUGAAUAUAUAAUAUUGAUGUAUAUUAAAAUCGAAAAUAAUUUCUUUAAAUGAUUUCUUUUUAUUAUUAUCAUUAUUAUUAUCGAUCCAAUAAGUAUUCGCUCAACUUUGAUGAAUAUAAAAUGAAUCUUUUCUGAUUAUGUAAUAUAGAAAAAAGAAAAGCAAUCAUGUAUACUUAAACUUCAAGAAUGAGUUUGUUCGACAAACUUUUGAUUACUUGAUAGUUAUUUCUAAUCGACCGUAUAAAUGAAGUUUUCUUUUUAUUAAAUGUAUAUUUCAGUGCAUGUUAUAUAUGUAUCUUUAUAUCUUAAGACUGCACCUAUCAGUUGAUAUGAUAAUUGUCUUUGUUAUCGUCGAACUGUUUUUUCUUUUUCUUUUACGGAACUAACUACGUAUCGGUAUAAUGAAAUUAAUUUAAUAUUUAUAGCGUUUACAUAACAAGAAGAAAUGAUAUUACGGCCGUUAGCACAUUCCAUGCUGCAAAAUCAAAGAUUAACAAUCUUGUAUUCCACGUUAGCAUUUUGUACCUUUCGUUAAAACUUGCGUUGUGAUUAAUGUAACUUAUUUAUUGUGUGCGUGUGAAACGUAAUUCGAUUUUGUGCGUACUCUUAUCGUCCUUAACAAGGGACAUUCGUGGAACGUUCCUUUCGAACAAAAAUCAAAUACAUCCCUUGGGACUUCAUCUACGAUUUUAAAUAGGGGAAAACGAGACGAAAUAAACAUUUGUGUGGGUGUAAAGAUUGCCUGGAAGCUUGUUUAGAAUCACACAUAUCACGCGAACUGCCAUAAAAGAAAACCGUAUCUUCAUUCGUAUUCAUCAAUUCUAGGACUUAACAAGCUGUCGGAUGAAAAAUCCUAAAUCGUAACUCAUCUCUAAAGAUAUUCAAAGCAUUCCUUUCUAAGAAACAUUUCUUCUGUCAAGAAUUUUUACUAACAUUUUAUAUGAAGUACAUCGUUCCCGAUUUUGUAUGUUUCAAGGAAUUAUGAGGUGAAUUUUAGUGACAUGGAUUUACAUUUUCCUGGACCAAUUUAGUGACUGGCAUCGUUAAUUAGAUGUACAAUAUAAAGAUAUUAGGUUGAAUGGUAUUACUAUUGUAUUAGUAACGCGGGGUAGCGAAUUGGAAGUUUGGACAUUGAAAUUUUAAUUAUUUGAAAUAGGAAUAGUUAAUUUUUGAGUUUCAAAGUUUUAGAUUUCGAAAGUUCCAAUUUUAAGCUUUGAAACUUUGAAAAUUCAAAUUUCAAGAUUAGAAAAUUUUAAGGUUCCAAAUUUCAAAUCUUAAGGAUCCAGAUUUCAAGCUUGAAAAUUUUAAUUUUCCACCCGACAUAUAUUAUUAAUAUAAUAGUAAUGCUGUCUAAUUCUUCUUUUCUUUUCUUCUGCUAAUUACUCAGUUACAUUGCAUUUGAGGUGUCAUAGCAAUCAAUGUGUUAACUAAUUAAAAUAUCAAUACCUCUUACAAGAACUGUCUACUUUCUCUUCGGCAAUCAACAUGCUAAUAUCAAAAUCUAAAUAAAUUGUUUCUUUAAGAAAAUUAUUUCAAAACUAACCGAAGUCCUCCGAAAGAAUAGAGAAAGAGAGAGAUACGUAUGAUAGCUGAUCGAAGAAUAAAAGAAAGUGAAGUUUAAUAAAAAAACGGACGUGAUUUUAAUCCUAAACGUAGCAUGUUUGAUCUAUCGUUAACAACUCGACGAAACACUACGUACCACACAGUUCCUUGCUUCAACCAAUUUCGUUAUUUAUACAAAGAGGAAAAAGAAAAUUAUGAAAAAGUAAGGGAAAUAUAAGGUGGCGACUACGAGAACAUCGAGCUUGCGUUUAAUCACGUAAUCAAAUGUAAAGAAAGAGAAAAUGCGCGAUACUUGUGAUCAAUAUAUAGCCGAGCUCUCGUAUAGGACUGACAGACUUUACUUAUAUAUAUAUAUAUAUAUGUAUAUUGUAUUAUUGUUUUAGUGCCUAACUAUUUUUAUGCGACUAGAAGAUACCAAAACCGAAACAGUGCGUGACUUGUCGCGACGAUAAUGGUGGUUUUCCUUUUUUAUUUCUGUCGUCGCGAUUCGACGAAAUGAAAACGAAUAUACAGGAUGUUUCAUAAGACGUGGGAUCAAUUUUAGCCAUAAACUUUCAAUACAAAAUCAAUGAAAAAAUUUUUUAUUGAAUUUUUUAUCAAAAGCCCCAUCGGGGAUUUAGGUACUUAACCAUUGUUCUGAAAUUUUAAUUUUGAAUUAGUUAGAAAUAAAUUUCAAUUGCAGUUUAUUCAACUUAAUUUUGAAUUAAAGUUAAAUAAAAUUCUGAUCCCCCAUUAGUUAGUCUUACACACAAGUUACAGUGUUUUGUCUCUUUAAUAAAUUUCAAGAAAUCUUUUACUUUAUAAAUAAAAUAAUUAUUCAGAAAUAGUGUUUCUAGCGGCAUCAUAAAUCUAGCACAAAUUGUAACUCGAUAAUUCCUAUUAGCUGUAAGUAAUAUAAAAUCUAGAUCAUGAUUGACCCAACCACCAUUAUUCGAGGGUUGAAAUGAAUUACACUAUAAACUUUCAAUUUAUCAUUCAGAAAUAUUAAAAUAGAAAAUGGCCAGAACUUUGAAGGGAACUCAAAUAGAAUACAUAUUUGUAUGAAUUUUUUUCAUUGGUUUUGUCCUCUACGUUGGUUAUUAAAAUGAUUCUUAUGUGUUAUGAAAUAUAUUGUAUAUGUACGAAUAAAAAAAAUGCUCAGAUACCAAUAACGAACGUUCGUGCACACAGCCGGCGGACAAAUAUCGUGUGCCGACUGGAGGCUAUUAUUUUUAUACAUUUAAUUAACGACUGUGAGAACGAGAGCGAAGAGAGUGUUGUGAGCGUACCGCGUUUGACGUUAGCAGCUUCCUUUUCUUCUCGAUGAUAGUGAUUUUAUCGUCGUUGUAUUAUACUUUGAUUUCUAGGCUUACAGAAUCGAGCCAAGCCAUUAAGCUCGGUCUCGUCGAUGAGUUGUUGGAAAAAAUUUGAUCGCACCAACUGGACGAUAUUUGUAUAUGUACAUACGGUACGGCAUUUGUGAAUUAUUUAAAAGUUAGAUGAAAUGUACAGGCGAAUCUGUGUAACGAUAUCCGCGACAAUGUGAUCCGAUUAAUAAAUACGAUAUUACGUAUU